CUGGAAUGUUGUGGAAAAUCUGUACAUUAAAAUAUUUCUUUUUUUUUCUCUUACAGCUUGGGGCAAAUGCUCUGCUUUUUGUCAGUGUAAAUUUGUAUGGGGUCUUUGUGAGGAUUUUGACAGAAAGGGCUCAGAGGAAGGCUUUCCUACAGGCCAGGAACUGCAUAGAGGACAGGCUGAGGCUGGAAGAUGAAAAUGAAAAACAGGAACGACUCCUGAUGAGUCUUUUGCCCAGAAAUGUUGCCAUGGAAAUGAAGGAAGAUUUUCUGAAGCCACCUGAGAGAAUUUUUCACAAGAUUUACAUUCAAAGGCAUGACAAUGUCAGCAUUUUGUUUGCAGAUAUUGUGGGUUUCACUAGUUUGGCAUCCCAGUGCACGGCUCAAGAGCUGGUGAAGCUUCUGAAUGAACUCUUUGGGAAGUUUGAUGAAUUGGCCACAGAAAACCACUGCAGACGAAUUAAAAUCCUGGGGGACUGCUACUAUUGCGUGUCAGGACUGACCCAGCCCAAAACCGACCAUGCCCAUUGCUGUGUCGAAAUGGGGCUGGACAUGAUUGACACCAUCACGUCUGUUGCAGAAGCCACUGAAGUUGACCUGAACAUGAGAGUGGGCUUGCAUACAGGCCGUGUCCUGUGUGGGGUGCUAGGACUUCGAAAGUGGCAAUAUGAUGUCUGGUCAAAUGAUGUGACUCUAGCAAAUGUAAUGGAGACUGGAGGAUUACCUGGGAAGGUUCAUAUCACAAAGACGACCUUAGAGUGCCUAAAUGGGGACUAUGAGGUAGAACCAGGUUUUGGACAUGAGAGGAACAGUUUCUUGAAAAAACACAAUAUUGAAACCUUUUUUAUUGUACCAUCCCAUCGGAGAAAGAUAUUUCCUGGACUUAUUCUCUCAGAUAUAAAGCCAGCCAAAAGGAUGAAGUUCAAAACAGUCUGUUACUUGUUGGUCCAGCUAAUGCACUGUCGGAAGAUGUUUAAAGCAGAAAUCCCUUUCUCCAAUGUCAUGACAUGUGAGGAUGAUGACAAGAAUGCCCUAAUUCAUUUCCCCCCUAGGAGUAUCAUCGUCCUGGUUCUCCUGGUGUUCUGCAUAUGCUUCCUAGUGGCUUGUAUUAUGUAUCUACAUGUCACACGAGUACAGUGUUUUCCAGGGUGCCUGACAAUUCAAAUUCGUACUGUUUUAUGUGUUUUCAUCGUAAUUUUAAUUUACUCUGUGGCUCAAGGAUGUGUGGUGGGCUGCAUGCCUUGGUCAUGGAACACUAAUUCCAGCAGCUCCUUAGUGAUCAUUUCUUCUGGAGGAAUGAAUAAGACAAGGAAUGUGCUGCCCUGUGACACAGCUCAUCACGCAUUCCUUUCCUGCAUUGUGGGGACUUUGACUCUGGCAAUAUUUCUCCGUGUCUCUUCAUUGCCAAAAAUGAUCCUUCUCUUUUUAGUUACAGUCUUAUAUAUACUUGUUUUGGAACUCAGUGGAUAUAGAAAAGCAGUAGGGGGUGGCACCUUUUACCUCCGUGGUUAUGAACCCAUAUUGGCUAUUUUGCUGUUUUCCUGUGCUCUGGCCCUUCAUGCCAGGCAGGUGGACUUGAAGUUACGUCUGGAUUACCUGUGGGCUGUACAGGUCACAGAAGAAGUUCACCGGUUAUUAAAGCGGUGUAGCUAUGAAUUUACAUGUCGAGGGAAAGUCAGUGUCAAGGGAAAAGGUGAAAUGUUGACCUAUUUUCUAGAAGGAAAAGCAAAUGGAAGUAAUUCUCAAACCAGAUCCUUAAACUUAGAACGGAAAAUGUAUCCAUGUGGGAAAUCAAACAUUCAGACAAAACUGGGCACCAGCUGCCCUUCUGUCUCAUCCGUGGCUAGCUUUACAGUCAAAGCUGGGAUUGGAGCUCUGCAGACAGCAGGCACCCAUACCAAUCCAACGCUCCAUUAUCUUCCUUCUGUGCCAGCUGUGAAAGAAGCCUAG